AUGGUCGAAGAACAAGAAAAGCCCUCGCCUCAGGCCUCAACACCCUCCACCCACUCCAACACAUCCGACACCGGCUCAAUACACGAAACCCAAUCCAUCCGCGACGGCCAACAAUCCAAUCGCCUCCAUCUCGUCCGCAGCUAUGCAUCCGGCUACUCAGGCUUCGUCCCCGAAACCGAAUACGCAGACAUAAACCUCAAACACACCACCACAGGCGCAACCCUAGGAUCUGUGGCCACCAACGACCCAAAUUUUGAAGUCGAUUGGACAGACGAUGACCCCGAGAACCCAAGGAAUUGGAGUAUGUCAUAUAAAGCUUUUGUGGUGUUUGCCAUGAGUUAUUCGACGACGGUGACAGUGCUGUUCUCGACGAGUUAUACGGUUACGGUGGGGAAAUUGGAGCAGGUGUUUGAUGUGGGGCAUUUGACUGCGCUUUUGGGACUUACGACCUAUUUGAUUGGUAUGGCUGCUGGGUCUACUGUCCUCGCCCCCUUGUCGGAAAUGUAUGGACGUCGCCCGGUGUACAUUUUCUCGACUGCAAUCUUUGUGUUGUUGAUCUUGCCUUGCGCAUUGGCUAAAAACAUUGAAUCUCUGCUUAUCCCGAGAUUCUUUGGUGCUUUUGCGGCGGCGAGUUUAGUUUCUAAUGCUCCUGGAUCUAUUAACGAUAUUGUUGUCGAGGAGUACAGGGCUUUGGCCUUUAGUAUCUGGGCCAUUGGACCUUUGAAUGGACCUGUGGUGGGGCCAAUCAUCGGUGGAUUUACGUUCCAAUACUUGGGCUGGCGAUGGACCAAUUGGCUUGUCAUGAUUCUGGCCGGCGUGGCCUUUGCAUUUGUGGCCAUUGUCAAGGAAACUUAUGGACCUAGUUUAUUGCGCAAGAGGGCUGCGAAGUUGAGAGAAGAGACGGGAGAUUCGAGGUGGUGGAGUAGGUUUGAUGAGAAGAAGGAGUUUUGGCCACUGCUCAAGGUCAAUUUGAGUAGGCCUUUUGUGCUGAUGGUUACGGAGCCGAUUUGCAUCUUCUGGGACGUCUACGUAGCCAUCGUCUACGGCACCCUCUACCUCUCCUUCGUCGCCUACCCAAUCGUUUUCCAACACCAACGUGGCUGGUCGCCCGGCCUCGGCGGUCUCGCCUUCUGCGGCAUCGGCAUUGGAAACCUACUCACCAUUGUCCUUGAACCACUCUGUCGCCGCUUGAUCAACUCACACAANAAAGACCCAGAAACCGGAGAGAUACCUCCUGAAGCCAUGGUCAGCGUUAUCUGUAUUGCUGCUGUGAGUUUAGCGGCUGGAGAGUUGUGGUUUGCAUGGACCUGUACACCAAAUGUGCAUUGGAUUGUGCCUAUUAUCGCGGGAAUCCCUUUCGGCGCUGGCAAUGCUGGAGUCUUCAUCUACAGCAACAAUUACCUCGUACACUCUUACUCAGUGUAUGCGGCGUCUGCACUCGCUGGCAAUGCAGUCUUACGUUCCAUCAUGGGAGCCGUGUUGCCCCUUGCUGGACCCGCUAUGUAUGCCACUCUCGGCAGCAAUUGGGCUGGCUGCACGUUAGGUCUGGUGGAAAUGGCUUGUGUACCCAUCCCUGUGGUAUUUUACUUGUACGGCAAAAAGAUUAGGGCUAAAAGUGCGUUGAUCAAAUCUAUGCAAGAAGAUAAAAGGAGGGCGGAUGAGAAGAAAGCUAAACAUUUGAGGAAGAUGGAAAAGGAAGCUAUCAAGAGAGGAGAUGCGGAAGCUAGUAUUGGNGGGCCGGGGAAGACUGGGGCGGCGGUGGCGGAAGAGAGGGAUAUUGAGAAGGCAGAGUAA